GGCACUUAUCGCAGUCGCAGGUCGCAGUCGUCGCAGUCAUUGCGCGAGUUUACGGCCAGCCCGACGGUGUGGUGUUCGUGGACGAAUUGAGGCAGGUUGCCCUGCAUUUGCGUUCGUAUCUCUGCGACUAUCACGAGGCCUUCGGAAUCUCAUCUCUGCGCCCUCUCGUCCCUCGACGAUGCACCGGCGUGGACUGUAAAGCGACGCGGGCAGGAUACACCGUCUUCGUCGGAUCGUCGGUGUUUUGCUUCCCCUCCCGGUCGGGCGAGCGCGUCCACGCUGAUUGUGCGUGUCGCAUCGUCACGAUGGCUCUCAGCCAGACUAGCGUGUUAAAAUUAUACAACACUGUGAUAGAAGAUGUAAUAUCAGGAGUACGCGAGUCAUUUAUAGACGAAGGUGUGGAUGAGCAGGUCUUGCAAGAACUUAAGCAAAUAUGGGAAACAAAACUGAUGGCUAGCAAAGCAGUGGAAUUGAAUCCAGAUCCACCAGAGCCGCAAGUUCCUCAGAUCAACACGCAUAAAGCUGUGUCUAUCAAUAAAGCUAAUAUAGGAAAUCAUUUUGUACAACCAUCUGCUGGAAACAUAGUACCGCAAACGCAACCUCAACAACAAUCGCAACAGCAGCAGCAACAGCAGCAACCAGCACAGAUACAACCACAACAGCCAUCGCAACCUCAACAUCCUUCCACGGGAACAACGUUGCAGCAAGCGCAGCAACAACACUCGACGACGCCGGUACAACAAGUAGUAGCUACUUCGGCAGUACUCGCUGAACGUCAAGUGCCCAUACAGAUUACCUUACCUCCACAAGCUGGCGUUCCAGAUGGACCGCAGCGAAUUUUGAGCAUACAAGUUCCUGCAUCGGCUCUUCAAGCGAACCAGUUACAUACAAUUUUAACAGGUCCAGUAAUUUCUGCUGCUAUGGGUCUUCCAGCUAAUUUAGCUUCAACUCUGUUACAACAACAUGUGAAUUCUACGCUUCAAGGACAAGCGACGUUAACUCCAUUGCAAGUGAAUCAGCCCCUUCAAGUGGUCACACAAAGUACAAAUAGCGUUGUCACACAAAGGCCACCUCAAAAUCAGCAGCAAAAUAAUAUAAAUCAAUUAGAUGGUGGAGUUGGUGACUCUACUGAUGAUGAUGAGGAAGAGGAAGAAGAGGAUAACGAUGAUGAUGACGAGGACAUCGAUGAAAAAGAGGAGGAAGAAAAUGAUGAAGCAGCGGCUCGUGAAGAUGAACCUCUUAAUUCUGAAGACGACGUUACGGAUGAUGAUCCUACUGAUCUCUUCGAAACUGAUAAUGUAGUCGUCUGUCAAUAUGAUAAGAUCACAAGGAGUCGGAAUAAGUGGAAGUUUUAUCUGAAGGACGGUAUAAUGAAUUUAACUGGGAAAGACUAUGUGUUCCAAAAGGCAAACGGGGACGCUGAAUGGUAAUUCUAGGUGCGAUGUGAAUAUCGUGUUGCCCACAGUAAGCUCGACUCAGGGACACUGCGCGUAAAGGCAACUUGAUAAUGUGUUCAUCGUGUUAAUACGAGAGAUACCGAAAAUCUCUACGACGAUUCUUUUACCGAUUGCGCGAAAAGCUAUUGCAAAUGGAAAUGACAGUACAGGGGAACAAUAGCGAAUGUUCACAUUAUCACAAAUAUCAUAUUGUGUACGUUUUGUGUUAUAUUUUUAGCCUUCCAAAUAGCAGGAUUUUCGUGUUUAGACACAUUGGUUUUACUUUUCAAAGGUAAUUAAGUCACAGAUAAAAGUUUUAUUAUAAUUUAGUUUUUUUUGUUUUAAUAGGAUCAUUAGUCUUGAGUUUUUUAAUUAUUUUGUUAAUCUUUCAUUUAAGAAAAUUCAAGACUGAAAGUCAAAUGGGACAAAGAUGGCUAAUAUAUACACAUAUGUGUGUAUGUAUGGUUUUCAUGUAGUGCAAAUUAUGAAUAUGCAAGUAUAAAAAAUUAUACAAAAGUCUUCUAUUAUUCUAUGUUACUGGAAACUUGCUUGUGGGCGCCGAAAUUCCUCCUAAAAAAAAUAAUCCACGACGGAUUAGUUAGCUUUUUCUAGCAAAUGCGUGAACUUUAUUGGAGCGGAAGUGCGUUAUGUAUAUAUAUAUUGACUGAAUAUACAUAUAUUGAUGAAAGCACCAUAUCGAUUAGUGGAUCUGGAACCACUAACAUCAUGGACAAUGAAUGCAAAAAUUGUAUGCUACAGAUAUUAUAUAUACUACAUACAUAAUAUAUAUUAUAUACAUAUAUAUUUUGAAAUCGUCGAUUAUGAAUUUUUCACGCGGAGAGGAAGUUGAAGAAAAACUUUUUCGUCCUCUACUUGUGAUCUGAAAAACAGAAUAUUGUAGGUAUGUUUGAGUUGAAAAGUUUUAGGGGAUUCUAUGAUUCAUGUGUGAUUUGGCAUAAUAAAUAUGUUUAGUACUAUUA